AAAUUAGCUGUUAGAAACUUUGAAAACAAAAUCCGUUAAAUGGAACCUUCGACAAGUGGAGAGGGUGCCAAUGGGCCAGGUCCUGAUGUUCGACUAGAAUUCAUGGGUUCUUAUGUAAUCAAGUCACUCAAGUUGAAACCAGAAAAAUGGACAAGGGUCAUUACUGUGGAAGAGCACAAGGGUGUUAUCAAAGAAUUUCUUGAUCGGCCCAUGCCAGUGGUGUUGGUUAUAAUUUUGACACAAGCUGCACAAUUGGUUCCAUCCACAACAUUUCCCUUGUCGCAGUUAAAGAGCAAGGGUGUCUACUUUAUCAAGAAACAACCAUUGCCAGUACCAAAAGAGGAAUGUGAACACUUUAUCAUAGUUGGGGACUUGGCCACACGGACAAUUGAUCAAUUAUCAGCAUUAGUAGAAGAAGUCCUAGUGCCAUUAUUGUCCAAUGAAGACAACUACAAGUCAUGGCCCGAUAUGGUUGCGCAAGAUGUUCAAAAACAUGUUCACAGUUUGAAAAGCACUGUACAUCAGGUUAAGGGUCAGGUUAGUGGUGAGACUAUACUUGCAAUGCCCGUUGGAGUUGAGAAGAUCGUGAAGGCUGCUAAGGAAUUAUCAGAAACACAAAAAUGCACUUUCGAUUUGUAUUUAAAAAGUGCUAUUGAAGGAGUUGUCAUAAAAUGGGCAACACAAAUACAUGAUGUCAUAAAAGAGAGUCCAUCAAAUGCUUUUCUAAAUAACCAAAAUCCGACACCGCACGCUGAAAUUUCAUUUUGGAAUAACCGUUUGAAGAACCUUUCAUUUAUAUUUGAACAACUCAGAAAUGAAAGAAUUCGUUCGAUGGCUCUUAUAUUGGAACACUCACAAAGUGCAUAUUUUCCAUGCUUUCAAACACUAUUUAAAAAUGUUGUCACAGCCUUGGCUGAAGCAAAAGAUAUAACUCUAUAUUUAGGACCACUUAAAAAGCAACUAGUACAGCUAGAAGAGAUAGACUUCGCAGAAGCAAAACCUCUUUUAAUUCCACUAAUGCACGUAGUUUGUAACCUUUGGGGAAAUUCCAGAUAUUAUUGCCAUUCCUCAAAAAUUACUGUUUUGCUUAAACAAAUGUGCAAUCUUAUUAUAUAUCAAGCAAAACGUUUUUUAGAUCCAUCAUCAAUUUUCCACACAGAUAUUGAAGAGGCUAUGCAGCGUUUGACAUUAUCAAUUCAAAUUUUAAAAUUCUAUCGAGAUCUUUUUGACUAUUAUAGAGAAAAUUUGGCCAGUUAUUUUACCGAAGAAGAUCGAGCUCCAAUUUUAUGGACGUUUCAUCCAAAUUCAGUUUUUAAAAGGUUCAAUGCUUUUGUAGAACGUCUUACAACAAUUCAGUGGUUCUUCUUCACAGUUAUGGAAUUUCUCAAGUUAGAAAAAGUUGAAAUUGGUGGCCUCAGAGGCCGUCAAUUGAGUGCACGUAUUGUAGCUGUUUAUGUAGAAUUUAAUCAAUACUUCACAGCAUUUGCUUCAAAAAGCUACGAUGUCCUAGAUCCCGAUGAUCAUGAGUUCGAUGUAGACUUUGAAAAUUUUCAAGCACGUAUUUUGGAGCUUGACAUGAAGCUGGCAGCAAUUUUAUGUCAGGCUUUCGAUGAUUGCUAUAAUUUGGAAAGUAUAUUUAAGCUCAUAAGCAUUGUUGGAAGCGUAUUAGAUCGUCCAAAGAUUAAAGAAGAAUUUACACAGAGAUAUGCUGAAAUUGUUCGGAUGCUCGAUGAGGAGGUGACAGUCUGUGAAGGCAUAUUCAAUUCUCAAAUGGCUCUCAAAGAACAGAAUAUAUUCCUUUAUCCGGACUAUAACUUUCCACCCACAUCGGCAUUCAUUCGUUGGUGCGGUCAGCUGGAAAAUAGAAUAACUCCACCUGUGCAGAGCUUUCAAUCAUUGCAGCAUCCAGUAACGACCACUGAAGAAGCCUUAGCAAUAAUUGAGCGGUACAAAAAGCUCAUGGAAAAACUUGCAGCAUGUAAAUCGUCUGUAUUCCAAGAAUGGAGCGAACAAAUCCCCGAACAAAUUGAAAAGAACCUUGAAAACUCACUAAUAGCUCGUAAUCAUAGCAACAACAUGCUUAUUCUUAAUUUCAGUCCAACUCUAUUCUGCAUUCUGCGAGAAGUGCACUAUCUCAAGCAAAUGGAAAUUGAAGGAAUUCCCGAGGUUGCGACUGAGUUCGCUGAGAAGAACGAAAUUUAUAGAACGUACACUUUAAAUCUGGAGAAAACAAUCGACUGGUACAACGCCAUUCAGCAGAACAGUUCUCCAGUCGAACUGAUAUUGAUCAAGAAGGAAAUCGAACAAAUCGAUGCGCUAGUAAUUACCGGAGUCGAUGAGUUGGUUUGGAACUCGGAAAAUAUAACGGAAUAUCUCCAGAAACUGCGAGAACCUGUAGCUGCGUUACAGAAUCGAAUGAAUCAUACCCAAGGUAAUUUAGCCCAAAUUCAUCAAAUAAUGUCAGCGUGGGCAAAGGUUCCACUCUUCGAACGCAAGGAUUCCAAGAAGGACACUGUACUCUGCUUAGAUGAGCGUUCGGAUCGGACAACUAAGCGAUAUGCCGAGAUCCGUGCAGCAUCAAAACAAAUUCAUGAGUUGCUAGAGGAUAACAUGGUUCAGUUCAACAUGAAAGAUCGCCAGGAUGACGAAAUGUGGAUAAAUUACGUCUCAUUUGUCGAUAACAUCGUCUACGAGAAUAUUUUGAAGACAGUUGGGGUAAGUGUUGGCUAUUUGGCUGAGAACAUGGAUAUUGAGAAUGGUUACGCUCCGCUGUUUGAAUCACGACUGGAACUGGUCGAGCCGGAUUUAAAAUUCGUUCCGUCUUUAGAACCUGAAGAUCCACAUGGUUUCAAUAGCAUGCUAAUAGAACUCAUGCGUGACAUCCUUAAGAUGGCAAAUCUGAUUCAGCGGCUGAAAAAGACCGAUAAAAAGUCGUAUGGCGAGUUGGUGAGCAUGAAUCAAGACAUAAUAGACAUGCGACGAGAGAUAUUAAACGGAGUUGACAAGGUCAUGGAAGAAGCUUCGGAGUUUUGUCAUCGCUUUGAAAGGUACUCAUACCUUUGGCUUGAAGAUCGAGAGGAGUGUAUGUCAUUGUUUUUGGAAUACGGACGUAUCCUCGACCCGGAUGAAGUAGAUUUGAUAAUGGUUAAAGAUCAACUUGCCCCACAAGUCUGUGCUCCAACUAUUGAAGCCUUUCGUGAGCAAAUUGACAAUUAUGAAUCGCUUUUCAUGGAAAUAGAAGCAAUAGCACCAUUCCAGGUCUUCAAUUCUUGGUUUCAAGUUGAUGUGAGGCCAUUUAGACAAGCACUUCUGAAUACCGUGUGCAAAUGGGGUAAUAUGUUCAAGGAACAUCUUGUUGAUCGUGUCACAAAUAAUCUCAUGGAUUUGAGUAAUUUUAUUCGCAAAGCCGAUGAAGGUCUGCUGCAGACGGUUAAAGAAGGUGACUAUAAUGGUUUGGUUUGUAUUAUGGCAUACUUGAUGCAGGUUAAGGAAAGAGCCGAAAAUACCGAUGAGAUGUUUGAACCUAUGCAAGAGACCAUUCAAUUGUUAAAGUACUACGAUAUGGAUAUUCCAGAGGAAGUGAAUGUUCUUCUGCAAGAGUUACCAGAACAAUGGGCAAAUACUAAAAAAAUAGCCAGUACUGUGAAACAACAAGUUGCCCCCCUUCAAGCUGCGGAAGUUGUGUGUAUACGCAAUAAAAUUGCUUCGUUUGAGACUCAUAUUGCAUUUUUCCGAGAGGUCUUCAAGCAUUACGAAUUCUUUAAAUUUGACUGCCAUGAACCAUAUAUACUAGCUAAUAGAGUAAACGACGAUAUGUUUCGUUUGGAGACUGUUAUGCGUGGCAUUCAAGAAUCUGGAGGACUGUUUGAAGUUAAUAUACCAGAGUUUAAGGUCUUGAAGCAGUGUCGCAAGGAAUUAAGGAUGUUGAAGCAACUUUGGGACUACGUUUAUAUCGUUCAAACUUGUAUUGAAGAUUGGAAAACCACACCGUGGCGCAAGGUCGAUGUCGAGAACAUGGAUAUAGAAUGUAAAAAAUUUGCUAAAGACAUUCGUCUUCUUGAUAAAGAAAUGCGCACCUGGGAUACCUUCCUCAAGCUCGAAUCAACCGUAAAGAAUAUGCUUACGUCGUUGCGAGCCGUUGGUGAACUUCAGAAUCCAGCGAUUCGUGAACGUCAUUGGGAUCAGUUAAUGUCAUCGACAAAGAACUUAGCGGCCUUACCGAAGGAUAUAACCGUUAAGUUCAUUAUGGACAAGGAAACAACUUUGGCAGAACUUCUGGGUUUGAAUUUGCAUGAAUGUGAAGAGGAAGUAAAAAAUAUCGUUGACAAGGCCGUAAAGGAGAUGUCAAUGGAAAAGGUUUUGCGUGAUUUGAAUACAACGUGGUCGGCCAUGGAAUUCGAUCAUGAACUUCAUCCUCGAACUGGGUGCAAUCUGCUGAAGGCAUCAGAGGAGCUUAUAGAAACUCUGGAAGACAAUCAAGUUUGCCUGCAAAAUUUGAUAACUUCCAAGUAUAUUGCGCAUUUUCUAGAAGAAGUCUCAACCUGGCAGAAUAAGUUGAUGAUCGCUGAUCAGGUAAUCACUGUAUGGUUUGAGGUCCAACGAACGUGGACUCAUUUGGAGAGUAUAUUCAUGAGUUCUGAAGAUAUUCGUAAGCAAUUGCCAGUGGAUUCAGACCGUUUCGAUCGUAUUGACACCGAGUUCAGAAUUUUGAUGAGUGAAAUGUCAUUAACUUCAAAUGUUGUGAUUUCAACCAACCGAACGGGGCUUAUUGAACGCUUGGAGAAUCUGCAGAGAGAACUUAUAUUGUGUGAGAAGGCUUUGGCGGAAUAUCUCGAAACAAAACGUUUGGCGUUUCCGAGAUUUUACUUUGUAUCUUCGGCAGAUCUCUUGGAUAUCCUCAGCAAUGGAAUACAGCCUGACAUGGUGACCAAGCAUUUGACAAAGCUCUUUGACUCUAUAGCAAAGCUCAAAUUCAAUGCUAGUGAGUCGAACGAAAUUGUUUCUGCAUCGGGAAUGGUUGCGAAGGACGGUGAAUACGUCGAAUUCAAUGAAAUAGCAAACGUUAGGGGCCCCGUAGAGGUGUGGUUGAAUCGAAUUCAAGACGCCAUGCGAGCGUCACUUCGCCAUUACAUCACAGAAUCCGUGGUUGCCUAUGAGGAAAAACAGCGAGAGCAAUGGCUCUUCGAUUAUCCAGCACAGGUUUCGCUGUGUGUCUCACAAAUCUGGUGGUCCACGGAGGUAAAUAUUGCUUUUGGUCGCUUAGAGGAAGGGUACGACAACGCAAUCAAGGACUAUUACAAAAAACAAAUAACACAAUUAAGCCUUUUGAUUACAUUGCUCCUUGGUGAGCUGACCAAAGGUGACCGUCAAAAGAUUAUGACCAUCUGCACAAUUGAUGUGCAUUCUCGAGAUGUUGUAAGUAAGAUGAUACAGGCAAAAGUCGAUGCUGGAUCAGCAUUUAUGUGGCAAUCGCAAUUGCGUCAUCGUUACGAUGACCAAGAAAAAUCAUGCAUGGCAAAUAUUUGUGAUGCUGAGUUUCAAUAUUGUCAUGAAUACCUUGGGAAUACACCACGUUUGGUGAUCACACCGUUGACGGAUCGUUGUUAUAUAACAUUGACACAAAGUCUUCACUUGGUAAUGGGUGGGGGACCAGCUGGUCCUGCUGGUACGGGAAAAACUGAGACUACUAAAGAUUUGGGAAGAGCUCUUGGCAUAAUGGUAUAUGUCUUUAAUUGCUCCGAGCAGAUGGACUAUCAAUCGUGUGGAAAUAUUUACAAAGGCCUAGCACAAACAGGUGCCUGGGGGUGCUUUGAUGAAUUUAACCGAAUCACAGUCGAGGUUUUGUCUGUUGUUGCUGUCCAGGUGAAGUCCGUACAAGAUGCCAUUCGUGAUCAAAAGGAGAAAUUCAACUUCAUGGGAGAGAUUAUAUCGUGUGUUCCUACGGUGGGAAUAUUUAUCACUAUGAAUCCAGGUUAUGCUGGGCGUACUGAGUUGCCAGAAAAUCUGAAGGCACUAUUUCGUCCCUGUGCUAUGGUGGUGCCGGAUUUUGAAUUGAUCUGUGAAAUUAUGCUGGUGGCUGAAGGAUUUCAAGAUGCAAGAGUAUUGGCUAGAAAAUUUAUUACACUCUAUACUCUUUGUAAGGAGCUGCUCUCCAAGCAGGAUCACUACGAUUGGGGAUUAAGAGCCAUAAAAUCAGUCCUAGUUGUUGCUGGAUCACUCAAGCGAGGAGAUCCCGGUCGUCCUGAAGAAGAGGUUCUUAUGCGGGCCCUACGUGACUUCAAUAUUCCCAAAGUUAUCACCGAUGACAUGCCAGUAUUUAUGGGUCUUAUUGGUGACCUCUUUCCCGCUCUUGACGUUCCACGCAAGCGGGACCAAGACUUUGAGAAAACAGUAAAGCAAGCAGCCUCCGAUUUGCUUCUUCAACCUGAAGAUAAUUUUAUUCUUAAAGUUGUUCAACUGGAGGAAUUACUGGAAGUGCGUCACUCGGUCUUCAUUGUAGGCAAUGCUGGAACGGGAAAAACUCAAGUUUGGAAAACGCUCCUGCGCACUUACCAAAAUAAUCAAAGAAAACCGAUUUUCAACGACUUGAACCCCAAAGCUGUGACUAACGACGAAUUGUUCGGUAUUAUAAAUCCAGCAACGCGAGAGUGGAAAGAUGGAUUGCUUUCUGUGAUAAUGCGAGAUCAGGCAAAUAUAACAACUGAUCAGCCCAAAUGGAUUAUUUUGGAUGGUGAUAUUGAUCCCAUGUGGAUAGAAAGUCUCAACACCGUAAUGGACGAUAAUAAGGUUCUGACACUGGCUAGUAAUGAGCGCAUAGCUUUGACACCAUCGAUGAGACUUCUAUUCGAAAUUUCAAACUUAAGAACUGCUACACCGGCUACAGUGUCAAGAGCUGGAAUUUUAUACAUUAAUCCUCAAGAUUUAGGUUGGAAUCCGUAUGUCACAAGUUGGGUAGAAACUCGGAAAGUUCCUGUAGAAAAAUCAAAUCUGGUAAUGCUGUUUGACAAAUAUAUUCCAGCAGCACUGGAAACCAUUCGAACUCGCUUCAAAAAGAUCACCCCAAUAGCUGAGAUGGCACACAUACAGAUGCUUUGUCAUCUGUUAGACUGCCUUUUGACACCCUCGAACACACCGGCCGACUGUCCAAAAGAAUGGCACGAACUUUAUUUUGUUUUUGCUUGUAUCUGGGCAUUCGGUUCGGCUAUGUUCCAGGACCAAGCAAUCGACUAUCGUGUCGAAUUCAGCAAAUGGUGGGUGAAUGAGUUCAAAACGGUUAAAUUUCCUCAAGGCGGAACAGUGUUCGAUUAUUUCUUAGAUGGUGAAACGAAACAAUUUCUAUCAUGGACUGAAAAAGUUCCUAGAUUUGAACUUGACUCUGAUCUGCCACUUCAAGCGGUUCUUGUUCACACAUCGGAGUCGAUUCGAGUGCGAUUCUUUUUGGAACUGCUUAUGGAGAAAAAACAUCCAGUAAUGUUGGUCGGUACGGCUGGAUGUGGAAAAACGGUUCUACUCAACGAAAAACUCCAGAACUUAUCGGAAAACUAUGCUGUGGCCAAUAUCCCUUUCAACUUCUAUACAACAUCGGAAAUGCUACAAAAAAUACUCGAGAAACCCCUUGAAAAGAAGGCAGGCCGAAACUUUGGUCCACCGGGGAACAAGACCCUCAUAUACUUUAUUGACGAUAUGAAUAUGCCAGAGGUAGAUUGUUAUGGUACCGUCCAACCUCACACAAUCAUAAGACAGCAUCUAGACUACGGGCAUUGGUAUGAUCGAAAUAAACUUUCUCUAAAAGACAUUCACAGCUGCCAAUAUGUGGCCUGCAUGAACCCUACCUCGGGAAGCUUCACAAUUAAUCCGAGGCUGCAAAGGCAUUUCUGUGUUUUUGCCAUGAGUUUUCCAAAUAUGGAUUCGAUCAGUAUAAUGUAUUCUUCGAUAUUAUCACAGCAUUUUAUUAAUGCUGAGCAGAAAUUCAAUCCAACUGUAAUGCGGCUAACACCUAAUAUUGUGUCGGCAACGAUCGCGCUGCACAAUAAGUCGUCGCAGAUAUUUCUACCGACUGCAAUUAAAUCACAUUAUAUUUUCAAUCUACGAGAUAUUAGCAAUGUAUUCCAGGGUCUUCUUUUUAGUUCGUCUGAAUGUCUAACAUGUCCCACAGAUUUGAUAAGAUUAUGGCAACAUGAGACGCAACGUGUGUAUGGUGAUAAGCUCAUAGAUGACAAGGACAUCGAUAGUUUCUCGAAAAUGCAACACGAUAUUAUAAAAAAAUCAUUUGAAGAAUUGGAUGAAACGGUGAUAUUCGAGAAACCAAAUAUUUAUUGCCACUUCGCUGGAGGAAUUGGUGAACCUAAGUACAUGCCCAUAACGGGAUGGACUGAGCUUCAUAAACUCCUUCAGGAAGCAAUGUCUUCGUAUAACGAUUUAGUUGCUGCAAUGAAUUUGGUGCUCUUUGAGGAUGCAAUGAUGCAUGUCUGCAGGAUAAACCGAAUUCUAGAGUCACCGAGAGGAAGCGCACUUCUCGUUGGUGUUGGAGGAAGUGGUAAGCAGUCUCUAGCAAGACUGGCUGCAUUUAUAUCUACACUAGAAGUCACCCAAAUUCAGCUCAAGAAGGGUUAUGCAGUAAAUGAUCUCAGGGGUGAGUUUGCAGGUCUUUACCUCAAAGCGGGCUUGAAAAACGUGGGGAUAAUGUUUCUGAUGACAGACGCACAGAUUCCUAACGAAAACUUUUUGGUUCUGAUAAACGAUAUGCUGGCAACUGGAGAAAUACCCGAAUUAUUUCCUGAUGACGAAAUAGAAAACAUAAUAGCUGGAGUACGCAAUGAAGUGAAAGGAGCCGGCAUGGUGGAUAAUCGCGACAAUUGUUGGAAGUUCUUUAUAGAUCGCGUUCGAAAGCAGUUAAAGGUUGUCCUGUGUUUCUCACCAGUCGGAUCAACCCUACGUGUAAGAGCUCGAAAAUUUCCCGCCAUUAUCAAUUCAACAUCUAUCAAUUGGUUCCAUGAGUGGCCGCAAGAAGCUCUUAUAUCGGUUGCCAUGAACUUCCUGCAACAGACCGAUGUUUUACCAGAGAAUCACAGAGAUUCAGUGGCUAAAUUUAUGGCCUACGUCCACACAUCCGUGAAUAGCAUGUCAAAGUUAUACCUUCAAAACGAAAGACGGUUUAACUACACAACACCUAAAAGCUAUCUGGAACAGAUUAGUCUCUACACAAAACUUCUCAAUAACAAACACAAGGAUCUACAAAGCAAAAUCUUACGCUUAGAAAAUGGUCUCGAUAAAUUACGUAGUACUGCUGAUCAAGUUGCUGAUUUAAAGGUAAAGCUUGCCGUUCAAGAAGUUGAGCUCAAGGAGAAAAACGAUGCUGCAGACGCUCUUAUCCAGAUAGUGGGAAUUGAAACCGAAAAGGUGCAAACUGAAAAAGCUGUUGCUGAUGAAGAGGAAAUGAAGGUGGCUAUGAUAGCCGACGAGGUGACAAAAAAGCAAAAGGACUGCGAGGAGGAUUUGUUGAAAGCAGAACCAGCUCUUUUGGCGGCGCAAGAAGCUUUAAAUACCCUUAACAAAGCUAAUUUGACGGAAUUAAAAUCCUUCGGAUCACCGCCAGGGGCUGUAACUAACGUAACAGCAGCAGUUAUGGUUCUCCUUGCACCAAAUGGCAAAAUUCCAAAAGAUCGAACAUGGAAAGCUGCCAAAAUUGCUAUGGCUAAGGUUGAUGCAUUCCUUGACGGACUUAUUACCUAUGAUAAGGAAAACAUUCAUCCUGAAAUCAUUAAGGCUAUACAGCCGUACUUGAAGGAUGCAGAAUUCGAACCAGAGUUUGUACGAUCUAAGUCAGGCGCUGCCGCAGGUCUUUGUGCUUGGGUCAUAAAUAUAAUAAAGUUCUAUGAGGUUUACUGUGAUGUUGAGCCAAAGAGGAAAGCACUUGCUGCUGCGAAUGCUGAACUUGCGGCAGCUCAAGAAAAACUGGCCGGUAUUAAGCGGAAGGUUACGUCACUUGAGGAACAAUUGGCAAAACUAACAGCAGAUUUUGAACAAGCUACAACCGAUAAACUACGAUGUCAACAAGAAGCAGAUGCUACCCAGGCUACCAUUCAGUUGGCUAAUCGUUUAGUUGGAGGAUUAGCAAGCGAAAAUGUUCGCUGGGCUGAGGCCGUCAAUAACUUCGUGAAACAAGGCAUCACUCUCCCCGGUGACAUUCUUCUCAUAACUGCAUUCAUUUCUUAUGUUGGUUGUUUCACCAAACAAUUUCGAAUAGAUUUGAUGACAAAAAUGUGGCAACCCUACUUAAAGAAUAUUGAUCCACCAAUUCCGACUACAGAAAAUCUGGAUCCAUUGAGUCUUUUGACGGAUGAUACAACCAUUGCAGUUUGGACAAAUGAAGGUCUGCCAAGUGAUCGAAUGUCAAUGGAGAAUGCAACAAUUCUCUCGAAUUCUGAUCGAUGGCCUUUGAUGAUUGAUCCUCAAUUGCAAGGUGUUAAAUGGAUCAAGCAAAAAUAUGAAGAUCUGCUUAAAGUGAUUCGCAUGGGUCAUCGUGGUUACUUGGAUAUAAUUGAAAAAGCUAUCGUGCAGGGAAGUACAGUUUUGAUAGAAAACAUAGACGAACAACUUGAUCCGGUUUUAGAUCCUCUGCUUGGAAGAGCCUUGAUAAAGAAGGGAAAAGCUAUUAAGAUUGGUGACAAGGAAAUGGAAUAUAGUUCCAAUUUCCGGUUGAUUCUUCACACUAAGCUCGCCAAUCCACAUUAUAAACCGGAAAUGCAGGCCCAAUCAACACUCAUUAAUUUUACAGUGACUCGAGAUGGUCUUGAAGAUCAGUUGUUGGCUGAAGUUGUCAAAGCUGAACGACCAGAUCUUGAGGAGCUCAAAGCUGAAUUGACAAAACAACAAAAUGAUUUUAAAAUCAUGUUAAAAGAACUUGAAGAUGAUCUUUUGUCAAGACUAUCUUCAGCUGGAGCAAACAUUUUGGGAGAUACUGCUUUAGUUGAAAAUUUGGAAACAACAAAGAGUACCGCAUCAGAAAUUGAAAGAAAGGUGGCUGAAGCAAAGAUUACAUCUCAAGAAAUAGACAAAGCCAGAGAGUAUUAUAGACCCGCAGCAGCUAGAGCUAGCCUUUUAUACUUCAUUUUGAAUGAACUCAAUACCAUAAAUCCAAUUUAUCAAUUCUCAUUGAAAGCUUUCAGCGUUGUAUUUCAAAAAGCUAUUGCUAAAGCAGAGCCGGCUGAGACUGUUGCAGGCAGAGUUACAAAUCUAAUUGAUUGUAUUUCAUACUCGGUCUUCCAAUAUACUUCACGAGGAUUGUUCGAAUGUGACAAGCUGAUUUUUGCAUCUCAAAUGACAUUUCAAAUUCUUCUUAUGAGUGAAGAAAUAACCUCCACAGAAUUAGAUUUUCUUUUGAGAUUUCCAAUUAAACCGCAUGUUACAAGUCCUGUUGACUUCUUGUCAAACCAGUCUUGGGGUGGUAUUUGUAGUCUUGCCUCGAAAGACGAAUUCCGAAAUCUUGACCGUGAUAUAGAGACAUCAUCUAAGCGAUGGAAGAAACUUGUUGAAUCUGAAAUUCCAGAGAAAGAAAAAUUCCCACAAGAAUGGAAGAAUAAGACAGCACUUCAAAGGCUUUGUAUGAUCAGAGCUCUGCGACCGGAUCGAAUGACAUAUGCUUUGGCAGAUUUCAUUGAAGAAAAGCUUGGUUCCAAAUACGUUGAGAAUCGAACAGUAGAAUUCGCAAAAUCAUACGAGGAAGCCAGCCCAUCAACACCUAUCUUCUUUAUUUUGUCACCUGGUGUAAAUCCUUUGAAAGAUGUUGAAGCUCUUGGCAAACAACUAGGAUUCACCAUGGACGAUGGCAAUUUUCAUAAUGUCUCACUUGGUCAAGGCCAAGAAGUUAUUGCCGAAGCUGCAAUGGAUGAAGCCGCUAAAAAUGGACAUUGGGUUGUUCUGCAGAAUAUACAUUUAGUUCGCAAGUGGCUGCCAUCGCUUGAAAAGAAGUUAGAACACUAUGCUGAAGGAUCUCAUCCGAAUUAUCGGGUAUUUCUUAGUGCUGAGCCAGCAAGUUCAGCUGCGGCACAUAUUAUACCACAGGGUAUUCUUGAAUCUUCUAUUAAAAUUACCAACGAACCACCAACUGGUAUGAUGGCAAAUCUUCACAAAGCAUUGGAUAACUUCACGCAAGAAACCCUUGAAAUGUCCUCCAAAGAAGCUGAAUUCAAAGCAAUCCUUUUCUCGCUCUGCUAUUUCCAUGCAGUUGUAGCGGAACGUCGUAAAUUUGGGCCACAGGGAUGGAAUAAGAUUUAUCCAUUCAAUGUUGGUGAUCUUAAUAUAAGUGUUUCAGUUUUGUAUAAUUACUUAGAAGGCAAUGCUAAGGUUCCAUGGGAGGAUCUGAGAUAUCUCUUUGGAGAAAUUAUGUAUGGUGGCCAUAUAACCGAUGAUUGGGAUCGUCGCCUAUGCAUCAAUUAUCUCGAAGAGUACAUGCAACCUGAUUUGGUUGAUGGUGAAUUGUUUCUAGCACCAAGUUUUCCAGCUCCACCAAAUACCGACUAUGCCGGCUAUCAUGCUUACAUAGAUGAAAAUAUGCCAGCAGAGUCGCCGUAUCUUUACGGUUUGCAUCCAAAUGCAGAAAUUGGUUUUCUAACAAUGCGAGCUGAGACUGUUUUUAGGACAGUGUUCGAGAUGCAACCACGUGAUGCCGGCUCAAGUGGUGGAGCAACUGUGACUCGUGAAGAUAAAGUCAAACAGAUUGUCGAUGAAAUUCUUGAAAAACUUCCCGAGGAGUUCAAUAUGAUGGAAAUAAUGAAUAAGGUCGAGGAGAGAACACCGUAUGUCAUUGUGGCCUUCCAAGAAUGCGAACGAAUGAAUUAUCUAACGAGCGAGAUGAAACGAAGUUUGAAAGAGCUUGAUUUGGGUUUGAAGGGUGAACUGACAAUUACAUCUGACAUGGAAGAGCUAGAGAACGCUCUAUUCUUAGACCAGGUACCGCCGAUUUGGACACAACGUGCUUAUCCUUCAUUGCUUGGUUUGACUUCGUGGUUUGUGGAUUUGCUUCUUAGGUUAAGAGAACUAGAGACGUGGUCAACCGAUUUUGUGCUCCCUUCGUGCGUUUGGUUAGCUGGGUUUUUCAAUCCCCAAUCUUUGCUUACGGCAAUCAUGCAAAGUACAGCCAGGCGAAAUGAAUUACCAUUAGAUAAAAUGUGUCUACAGUGUGAUGUUACAAAAAAACAAAAAGAGGAUUUCACAACGGCACCUCGAGAAGGCGCCUACGUUCAUGGUUUAUUUAUGGAAGGCGCCAGAUGGGAUAUUCAAUCAGGCAUCAUUAUGGAAUCACGACUAAAGGAACUUUAUCCUCCAAUGCCUGUUAUAAAUAUUCGGGCUAUAACGCAAGAUAAGCAAGAUCUGCGAAAUAUGUAUGAAUGCCCAUUAUACAAGACGCGAACAAGGGGUCCAACUUAUGUUUGGACUUUUAAUUUAAAAACAAAGGACAAGCCAGGCAAAUGGACACUUGCCGGUGUUGGGCUACUUUUACAAACUUAAGUUUUUUUUCAAUCAUUAUUGUGAUAGAAAUAUUAGUCUAGUUUUCUGUUUAUCAGUCAUGAGGCUUUGAUAAACAAACGUUUGUAGUUGUUUGCUUGAACGAUGUUAAAUAUCUAAAAUCAAAAUUUUCAGAUUGAGAGUUCAAGCUCUUGUUGAAAGUGAGAUCAUCAUAAUUGCACCUUAAGAAAAUAAGAAAUUAGGGAAUAUAACUUAAAUUGUUUUAAAAACAAAUAAAUAUCAGUAUUUAGUACUUAGUUAACAAAACGUGCCGUGUGGAUAGUUUCCGUUAAUCAUUUUGAACUUGUUAUCAACGCAACAAAGCACCUCUAAGAACUUAAUGCACAAUGUUGUAAUAAAACACUAAUAAACUUAAUGCAAAACAUUGAUUUUGAAGUUGAACACAAAGUUUUGCAUACAUUUGUGUUCAUAAGUCAAUCUUUACUUUAACUCUUUAACCUAAAGCAGUAUGUUAUUUAGCUAAGGUCCAUCUACAUUCGGUUUGGCUUUGGUUUUCGUCUGUUUGCUGUGAUGAUUUCAAAAUUUAGUUAUUUUUGUAGAAUAACGUGUUGUCUAUUUCCAAAAGUUAUGCAAUUAUUUUGGUUAAUUCUAAAACAUUGUGAAGUUUCGGGAGUCAAAGUUAAUCAAUAGCCGUUAACAUUUAAAAAUGAAUAAAACUUGAUUACAAUUUAUAGUCACGUCAUAUGAGAUUCGCAUAGUCCGGUUUUUAACGUAUAUUCAUGAUUUUAUGGUGAUGGUUGUGAACUUUUAGAAGAAAGUCGUAUACAAAUUUACGAGCUCGAAGCUUUUAUGUUUCAGAUAUUGUUUGUUGUUGUUUUAUCAUGAUUAGGAUUUCACAGUUUGCAUUAACUUUUCGGAACCCUGUAAAAUAGGCUUUUUAGAAAAUUUAAAGAUCAAGAUCAAGAUUGAUUUCAUAUAAUUUUAAAGGGAACUUGACCCAGAUAUAUUAAAUUAAUUAUUUAUUUCACAUCAUUUAAAAUUAUUUUAAGUAUCUGCAGCAUUUUUUAUGGUAUUUUUUUGAUCGCGAUGCACUACUUAAGCCUAAUAGGUUCAAAGAUAUAUUAUUUUUAAUAUUCAUCAUAUCGUUCACUUGUCACCAAAAUCGGAAAAAUAUGCAACACACAUUUUAGAGCUCUAGAGAGAGACAUCUUUAUCUGUUAAUAACUAUCCUCACAGAAAGGUUAGGUUAGGUUAAGGUAGCUUUUGACGAGAAAACUAACACACUUAGAUCAAUGGUUGGACUGUUGUCAUACCAUAUGGAAAAGAAUAGUUCCACAGUUGCAUUGUUAACGCUCUCUCGAAUACUUAGUUUCCAGCUUAAUUUCUUAUCCAAAAUAAGGCCUAGCUUUGUCUGAAAAUUUAAGCGGUAAACUAGGAGAAUUUUAUAUUUCUUAGUAAAGAGGACAAGCUCGGUUUUGUGAGGAUUGAAGCCAAGUCAACACCUAUCUGCUAUGGUAGGGAGCUCGAUUAAAGCAGUUUGUAUUAUGUAGUCUCUUCAUUGUGUUAAAAUACUAAUUAGUUUGAAGCCGAUAUCGAAAAUUGAGUCGAAAAUAAAUUUUAACCAACUUUUAAUAAAGUUGAUUUUUAGGUUUUUUUUUAACUUCUCAUUAGGAAGUUAUUGUAAUGGGUCCGAUUUGUCGACGUUUCAAGGUCCAUAGAGUCGAAAUAAAAGAUUUUUAGAAAGAUGUACGUGCGUGUGAUGUGUAUGUGCGUUCGCGAUGUUUUUUCGUUAUACGGAUAAUAAGGCAGAAAGAUGCAAAAGAGCUCUCAAGAAAAUUGCGUGGGUGGUAUAAGUCAAUAUCUUCCUCUGUUCUCCUGAUAGUUCAGUUCAUUUUUUUCAGUAUUUUGUUGCUUUUAUGGGUUUUCGUGUUUUUUAAAAUUGAAAUUUUAUCAAAAUGAGCUACAAUUAUUUUCAUUUGAUAAAAUAAGUUUGUUUUUCACCAAUUUUAGGGUAUUAUUCUGAAAGUUUUUAUAUAUAAAGACCAUUAACAAACGUUUAAAACAAAAUUUAGCGCAAAAUUAUAUAUAUAUUUUUGCAGUCAAUGCCUUUAUUUAUCCUCUACAUAUCGAGAAAAGAGCAUCACUUUUUAUCAAUUUUGUGUAGUUUUUUCGUAGAUUUAAAUUUUUAUGAAAAAACAGACGGUUGGUUACUGAAUGUUAAAAUCAACAUAUUUUAUAAGAUGCAAUUAGUUUGAAGCCGAUAUCAUUAAUUUUUGAAAAUUGAGUAGAAAAGUUUUGUAUUGUUCUCAAAUUUUUUUAUUUUUGUAUUAUUGGGCAGGUUCAGCCAAUAUAAGGGAUUUCAUUUGCAUUCUUUGAACGAGCAUUUUGACUAAGGCAAUUAGUUAGUUUUUCAAGUUUCUACUUUAAGUUCAUAGUACAAAAACGACCAAACAAAAUUAUUGUCAACAAAACACUCCUCAGGCAAGCUACAAUUCCAUCACGAUUUUUAUUUUGUAUUGUAAAAAAAAGUAUUACUUAUUUCUUUUCCAAAUUGAGAAGGGACACUUUUACAGAACUAAUGAAAUGAAGUUGUGCAGAAAAUUAAUAAACCACAGAGUAAUAAAGUUCAGCUUUCAGUUAAUUGAAAAAACAUGAUGAACUGUCAUGUUGAUAGAAGUAGACUUGACUUGAUAGUUAGGGAGAUUUUUCUUGACUAACUUUCCAGUCAACUUUCCCAAUAAAGCUGCCUUAAUUGGAAGGUAAUUUUUUGGCAGCUGAUGACCACAACUUAUCCCUUCCAAAUAAAUUAUAUGGUGUUUUUGAAAAUUACAAAUCUUUAUCUUUUAGAUACAAUUUAAAUCAAUUAGGACCUGACUUAGUUUUUGUAAUUUGAUAACUCACGGAUAUUCGAUUCACUCUAUAACCAGUUGUGUAAAACCUUGAAUGUAAUUCCUUUAUGGCUUUAGAGUUGAUUUGUAAUUUAGAUUCAGAGUCAUACUCCGAUUCAUUCUCAGAAAAACUCAGAAAUAUCCGUUUUCAUCACUAUUGUCAUAAACUUACUGUUUAUAAGUAUAACAAAACCUUCAACCUACAAUUUCAUAAUACUUACUUAAGGUGGCGCUACAGUCCGGGGCGGACCUGGGCCUCAACCAACAAGCGUCUCCAGCCAGCUCGGUCCCUAGCUAGCUGUCUCCAGUUUCGCACGCCAAGUUGGUUGAGGUCCUCUCCCACCUGCGUGCGCCACCUGAGUCGCGGUCUUCCUCUACUGCGCCGUCCCUCGGGAUUGGAUUCGAAGACCUUCCGGGCUGGAGCGUUGAUGUCCAUCCGCUCUACAUUACCUAGCCAUCUAAGCCGUUGGACUUUAAUUCUGCUAACUAGAUCAGUGUACAGUUCGUCGUUAUAUCUUCUCCUCCAUCUAUGCGUACGGGACCAAAAAUCACCCGAAGAAUUUUUCUCUCGAAGCAUCCUAAGACGCUCUCAUCUUUCUUUGACAAUUUCGUAAUAAGAUCAAAAAUUGCUUCCAUACCGUUUUGGGCUUUUUCGUUAAGAACCGUUUUAUGUUCUUUUGAAGUUAAUGUAUGCAAAUGAAGACUUACAACUUACAAGUUUUUUUUUUGAAAAAUAAGUACAAUUUUCAAACGGAAUAUUGAAGUAAGGGCUUGCAGACUUUUUGAAAUCAUCACCAAUUAUAUUGAAAAAAAAAACUACUUCAUGAAUAAAAACAGCCUCAAAAAGUUUAUUAAUAGUUUUUAUUUUAUAUCGCAAGAACCUGACGUGGUAGAUUAAUUUUGAAGUCGGAUUCAAAGUAAGGCCAUCAAAAACCUUACAAAACUGCAUUGUCUUAAUUUGGGUCAAGCCGUUAAAAAACACUUAAAAUUAAAAAAAAAUAUGUUCGUAUAAAUUUCAUGUAUAUUUUCUUAUAGUCCUUAAAUUUAAGAGCUAGUGCAGGUGACCUAACUUACGUAGUCAUCACCUUAUGCAUACCUAUUAAUCUAUUAUUAUAAAAAUGAUUUACUGUACCUGUAUGUUUAUACAACCCUACUAUUAUAAUUGAUAUUUAGGCUGAUAAAAUGUCCAGGUAUCUAAACUACCUAAUGAGUAAAAUUCUUAUAAAAUAUUCUUACUCACCCAUUUGAUAAAAAUUCCUAACAGAAAACAUCAAUACUUGUAAUAGGUAACAGGUAGCAACUUCGUAUAAUCAACAAUAAAUAAUACCUAAUCAAUCACCACCUUUUAUAUGCUUAUUUGUCUUUUAUCUUUUGAAACAAUAUUUAUACUAUACGCAUACAUGAUUGACAAACAUUUAUUUUAAAAAUUCAGCUAUCCAACUGUUAAUUAUCUUUCAAAUUGUUAAUUACCUUCUAAGUAUCUAAUAUUGUUAUUUAAAAAACUGUUAAGAAAAUAAAAACCUUAUCUAUAAAUGA